UUUGUUUGAACUGAGCGGCGGCGGAAAGUAGGUCAACUGAUUAUGGCAAAACCUUCGUGUUUUUGUCACUAGAAUACCGGUAUUGUGCUCCACGAGUUCGUAUCACAAGCAUGGCAAAAAUACAAUUAGUGUAUUUCCAGGUUAGAGGUCGUGGUGAGUCAAUAAGGACUCUUAUGGUUGACAACAAUGUGGAUUAUGAGGAAGUUGAUUGUGGUCCUAACUGGGUGCAGGAAUGGAAACCAAAAAUGGCCUUUGGCCAGAGUCCAUUCUUCAAAGAUGGAGACGUAGAAAUCGUACAAUCCAACGCAAUUCUGAGAUAUCUGGCUAGAAAACUGGAUCUAUAUGGUUCGAACAACAAGGAAGCAACACGAGCUGACAUGAUUAAUGAUGGUGCAGAAGAUCUUAGAAUAGAAUAUACAAGAAUGAUUUAUCAGAACUAUGAGGACGGAAAGGGUCCAUUUAUUGAAAAGCUUCCUGGAAAACUACAGUGUUUUGAGAACUUAAUGAAAGGUGGAGAUUAUGUGCUGGGAAGCAAGGUUUGCUUUACGGACUAUAAUCUGUUUGACCUUUUGGACUGUCUGGUGACCUUAUCUCCCCCCUGUCUGGAUGCUUUUCCCUCACUCAAGGCCUACCAUAAUCGUAUGAUGAACAGACCAGGAGUCCAGAAACGAAGAGCAACAGAGCACUUCAAAGGAAUAAAGAUCAAUGGAAAUGGAAAGCAGUGAUCAAAUCUGCCAGAAAGGUAGAAAAUAUUGCGCGUGUUACCUAAUCCACAGAGGAAUGGAUAUCUGUAGACAACAACGCAUACAAUCGGACUUUAAUUGCUGAUAUACUGUUCUUGCAUUGAAUUAUUCUUUAAUAUUGUAUUCCAAAAUAAUUGGAGAAAAAUAGUGCAUUGACUGUUAGUGGCAAUAUAAAUGCACCAUGCAAAAUAAAUUGGUUGAGGAAAUA